UGUGUGAACUGUCAAAAAUGGAGUAGAUGAGAUGUUAACAAAUUUUUGUGUUUUGUUUUUUGUUGUGCCAAAAAAUUCAGUACCCAAAACUACAAACUGGACACAGUUUUAAAUGCAUCUAUGGAUAACUUUGAAACCUUGUCUAAUUGUUCUGAAACUUCCAGAAGUUCGGAAUCCGUGUCUUCCAAUAUUUCAACUUUAUCCACCUUGAGUGACUAUCAGGAUGAAUUUGUAGAAUUAAAGCAGGUACUAAAUGAAGAAAAUGUAUUGACAGACACUACAAAAACUGGACUUGUUGCGACGAACAUUAUACGGUGUUAUGAUAAGCAAAUUGUAAACUUAAAUGCACAAUUACAAAACGCCUUAAAACAAAAUGAGACAUACAAAAACGAAAUUUAUAGCUUGGAAAAGAAAAAAGAUCUUUUAGAUGGCGCUAAAAUCGGAAAGUUGUUGAAACAAAAUAAACAAUUGGAAGAUAGUCUAUCGGCAGCUAAUAAUCAGAUUAAGCGAUUAAUUGAUAUUUGUCAUAAAAGGGAUGACUUUGAUGAAAACAUGGUUAUUUUAGAAGAAAAAAAUUUACAUUUGGAAAAAGCGAACCAUGAGUUAACAAAUCAGAUUUAUUUAUUAUCAAAUAAAAUUAACCACUGCAGUUUUCAAAAAAAUGAAAUUGAAAAUGAAUGCAGAAAUUUUAAAUCUGAAAUGAAUGAUUUAAAGUUAGAGCUAGCUGUAAAAACGGAAUGUGUUAAUGAAUUAAAGAGGAAGUUAUCACAACAGCAUGUUCAAUUAGAAGAAGUAUUACAAAACAAUAUAAAAUUGUCGCAUUCACUUGAAUUAAUUUCAAAUGACCUACAAUAUGCAAAAAAAUCUGAAAAUUGGUAUAAAAUGGAGUUACAACGUAUUCAAGAAGAAAAAAGUAGCCUCUCUGAUAAGAUUUUUAAAAACGAACGAAUCAUUGCGUUACAGGAAGAAGACAUAGAACAGUUAAAUUUAGAACUAAAUAGUAUGAAGUGUGCUUUUGAUGGAAUUCGCCUCACCGCAUUAAAGGAGAAAGAAGAAAUGUGUAAAGGUGUCGAGUCUGUAAACCGUGAUAAGCACUUAACAAAGGAUAAUGAAAGCCUUAACAUUUCUGACAGUAUUAUCAGUAGCAUUGGAGGUAUCAGUAGUCAUUACGAAACAGUCAUCAGUGAUUUAACAAAUGAUGUUCAAAAGAUAAAAUCAGAUUUUGAACAACAACGGCAAUACUUUGAGAAUGUUUCAAAAGAAAAAGUUGAAGUAUUAAGUAAAUACUUAACUUUACAAAGUUCUCUUGCGGAAAAGGAAAAUACAAUAGAAAAAUUAGAAAGCAACAUAAAAGCUUUAAAAAAUCAGUUACUCUUGGAAAAUAGUAGACGAGAACAGCAAAACGUAGAAUUGCUUGACUUAAAAAAAGCUUUCACGAAAUUAGAAGUCGAACUAAAUUUGAAUAAUAAAGACAAGGAAAUGUUUGAACAUACGGUUACUACGAUAAGAGAACAAUUUAAAGUAUUAAGCGCCAAAUAUCUGCAAUUAAAAAGCGAACAACAAUGUGCGAAUAAAGAAAUAUUGCAGUUACAGUACGAAAAGCAGGAAUUAUGUGUGGAUAAUAAUCAAAAGACUGCUGAAAUUAAAAGAAACAGGGAAAAAGAUGCACUGGAAAUAAAAAAAUUGAAGCAAAAAGUAGUUUUCUUGGAGGGAGUUGAAGCAGAAGUAAAAUUUGAAAAUAAGAAGUUAUUAGAGACUAUUAACAAGUUAAAUGAAGAACUAAUGCAGUUGAAAACACAAGUUAGCAAAUUCCACACUCAAUAUGCGGAUAUUACUUCAAAAUAUGAAGAUAGUAAUAGUGUUCAAACUCAUUUACAAGAAGUUGAAGACUCAGGUCAGUUUUAUCCGUCUCUGGAAACGAGUCGAGAAGAUUCCCAUUCUUUCAGACUUACGAACCUAACAGAUACACUAAAAUAUAUUUGCCAGUUAUGUAAAAUGCAUGAAAAUGAGUAUAGGAGAAAUUUUAGCGAGCUUUCAGAAGACGAAUAUGUUAAGUUGUUAUUGCAUAAAAUCGAAUCAUAUCAUCGUUUCGUUGAUACACAGAUUAGUGCAAAUGGUAGAAAAAAGUUAUGUGUAAGUAAAAGAAAUAUUUUAUCGAAAAUUUUACGCUUGGUUGAGAGAUGUAAAAUGUUGGAGAAAAAAACGGAAGACAAUUCAGAAAUGUUAAAAUUAAAUGCAAUAGACGGCAAACAUGACAAAAAUAGUAUUUUCAACGAAGAAAUUCGGCGUCUACAUGUGAAGCUUGAAGUAAAAACCCAAGAAGAAAAGGAAAAACGGAAAAAGUAUGAAAGAAAUUAUCGCACUUUAUUGAGGAAAGUAAAAGAACAUAUGAAAGGACGGAAGUUUGCAGAAAAACGUAAUGAUUACUUGCAGGAACUGCACAGUACAUUAUCCAGUGAACGUAAUACACUUUGUCUGCAAUUGGAUUUAAAGCGCUCAGAAUUAAAAGAACUCCAAGAUCGCGUGGAAAGAUAUUCUAGUGCUAAUGAGAAAUUAAAAUCCGUUGUGUCUAAACUUGAGAAUCAAUUUGCUAAUUUUACUUCACGUUGUAAAUGUGAUGAGUUGGAAAAAAUCGAAAGCAGUUAUAUCCAGUUGGAACGAUCUUUAAAAGAAUGUGAAAACCAUAAAAAUGCUAGUAUAGCCGAAUUAAAGUUAAAAGAGGAACGAUUUGAUAUUUUACAUAAAGAGAAUAAACGUUUACUAACAGAAAAUUCUUCCUUGUGUGCUAGAGUAUUAGAUCUUGAAAGUGAAUUAACAAAAAUAAAAUCUUGUGAGGCGCAGUUAAGAAACGAACUUGUUUUUGUGCAAAAUAGUAUUUCUACAACACGUGCUGAUAAUGCAGAGUUGAACAGUCAGUUGGACGAAAUUACAAAAAAUCACAUCCAGCUGCAGCAAGAAGUAGAACAACUGAAGUCGUGCCUUCAGAGAAAAUCCGAAGAGAUUAGCGAAUUCAAAUUACGGAAAGAACAGACCAUGCGCAAAUGGACAGAAACAGAAACAAACAUGCAGAACUUAGUAACCACUUUAAAAAAUGAAGUUUAUAACUUCAAAGGAGAAAUCCAUUUACUUAAAAACGAGAAGCUUUUUCUCCAAAGAUUGUGUAACGACUUAAAUGUAGCACUGAAAACACAUGUUAGUCAGAAUAAGUUGCUGAAAAAAUGCGUGGAAAGAGCAUGUGAGGAACGAGAGCAAAUUGGUAAUGAUACCGAUAUUUUGUCCAGUUUUCCCAGUCCUAUAAAAUGUGAUGAUAGUUACAUUGAAAAGCUGUUGCAAGAAAGUACGACACCUAUUCAGGAUAAACCUUACUGUGAUAUUCAGGAAUGUCUUAAUACGCUCAGAAAAGAAAUUUUAUGUUUACAAAAACAAAUAGUCGAAAAAAUGUAACUUGUUGAAGAUGUUUGAAGAUAAUAUUAUUUGUUAUGUUUUAAAAAUGUACUUAAACAUGUUGUUAAACAAAUUUUAUUUAUCAAUAAUU